AUGUCAGAUAAGCACCUUGUUAUUAUCGAGAUGUUCUGCGGAGGUUCCCACAAGCAACUGAUCCACCACCUCCUCUCCCUGGCUCCAGACACCACCCUGCUCACCCUCUCCGACAAGAAGUGGCACUGGCGGGCCCGGUGCGGGGCUCUACAACUGCUGCCCCAACUUCAGACCAUCUCCCGUCCUGUCACCACUCUCUUCAUGACCUCUGUGGGGAGUUUGCCUGAAGUAGUGGGGUUGUGCCCUCAGUUACAGGAUGCUAGGAAGGUCCUGUAUUUUCAUGAGAAUCAGCUGGUAUACCCCACUCAGAGUGAGAGAGAGAGAGACUAUCAGUUCGGCUACACUCAGAUAAUGUCAGCUCUAAUGGCGGACCUGAUCCUGUUUAACUCCUCUUACAACCUCAACUCAUUCCUGGGCACGGUGGACUCCUUCCUCAAUAAGAUGCCUGAUUACAAACCUAAAGGUGUUGCGGAACUAAUCAGGGGGAAGAGUGAAGUGUUGUAUUUCCCUGUUGAGUUUCGGUUACAGGGGAGGCAGGUUAGGGACCCUAAAGUGCUGCACAUAGUCUGGCCUCACCGUUGGGAACAUGAUAAGAACCCUGUAGAUUUCUUUAAUUCCUUAACUAGUCUCAUUUCCUCUGGACUUGACUUUAAGGUGUCCGUACUGGGCAAAACUUAUCAAGAUGUCCCAGACAUAUUCAGAGAAUUCCAGAGCUCCCACCCUGAUUAUAUCACCCAAUGGGGACCCCUAGAUUCUCGUGAAGACUACCUAACCCACCUUGGAACAUGUGAUGUUAUAGUCUCUACAGCUGACCACGAGUUUUACGGAGUAGCAAUGCUAGAGGGGCUAUGGGCGGGAUGCUACCCUCUAGCUCCUAACAGACUAUCCUACCCGGAGAUAUACCCACCAGAGUGUUUGUACAACACCCCGGCUCAGCUCACUAAGCAACUCCGACAGUUGUGUAGGAACCCUGGGUUAACUAGGAGGAAGUGGGAGAGGGUGAUGGGUCAGGUGGAUAUGUCGCGUUAUUCGUGGGAGGGCCUCAAAGAUAGGUACUGUGAGAUGUUGAGCAUUGGGUGAAUGUUUGUUGUGCUACUCUUUUAAAUUACAGGGCGUUCAAUCUUUAACUUAUUUCAUGAUGUUUCAAGAUUUAUAACAUGCAUGCAGUUUCUUA